GCAGGCUCGAGAUUCAAACUGGGACGCUGCCUACCACAACUACCAGCGCUGACUCCGCUGCGGUUGCAGCUCCGAGCAGUCCAUGGAGCAUCGCCUUGUGGGACCCGGGCCCUACAGGGCCACUAAGCUGUGGAAUGAGACAGUGGAGCUUUUUCGGGCCAAGAUGCCCUUGCGGAAACAUCGCUGCCGUUUCAAGAGUUAUGAGCGUUGCUUCACAGCUGCAGAGGCUGUGGACUGGCUGCAUGAGCUGCUGAGGUGCAGUCAAAACUUUGGCCCCGAAGUGACUCGAAAACAAACAGUCCAGCUGCUAAAAAAAUUCCUGAAGAAUCAUGUCAUUGAAGACAUCAAGGGAAAAUGGGGUCAGGAAGAUUUUGAAGACAACCGUCACUUAUACAGAUUUCCUCCUUCCUCGCCCCUGAAACCAUAUCCAAAGAAGCCCCCAUACCAAAAUGAUGUCAUUAAAUUCCCAGGAUGGAAUGAUUCUCCAGCAGAUACCUCACAAGAGAACAUCCCAGUGAGGCCAGUUGUGAUGAAUUCUGAGAUGUGGUUCAAGCGUCACAGUAUUGCCAUAGGCGAGGUGCCGGCCUGCCGUCUGGUCCACCGCAGACAGCUGACGGAGGCCCAUGUGGAAGAAAUAUGGAAGUCGAUGACCUUGUCAUAUUUACAGAAAAUCCUUGGCCUGGAUUCCUUAGAAGAAGUUUUAGACAUCAAACUCGUCAACUCCAAGUUCAUCAUUCAUAAUGUGUACAGUGUUAGCAAGCAGGGAGUUGUUAUCCUUGAUGACAAGUCCAAAGAACUCCCUCAUUGGGUACUGUCCGCUAUGAAAUGUUUGGCAAAUUGGCCCAACUGUUCAGAUUUGAAGCAGCCUAUGUACUUGGGAUUUGAAAAAGAUGUGUUUAAAACAAUAGCAGAUUAUUACAGUCACUUGAAAGAGCCACUGCUUACAUUUCAUCUUUUUGAUGCUUUUGUCAGUGUGUUAGGUUUGUUGCAGAAAGAGAAAAUGGCAGUUGAAGCAUUUCAGAUUUGUUGCCUCCUCCUGCCUCCUGAGAAUAGGAGAAAGUUACAGCUGCUGUUGAGGAUGAUGGCGAGGAUCUGCUUAAAUAAAGAAAUGCCACCCCUGUGUGAUGGUUUUGGGACUCGGACCCUGAUGGUCCAGACAUUUUCCCAUUGCAUCUUGUGUUCCAAGGAUGAAGUAGACUUGGAUGAGUUAUUAGCUGCUAGGUUGGUGACAUUUUUGAUGGACAAUUACCAGGAGAUUCUGAAAGUCCCUUUGGCCUUGCAGACUUCUAUAGAAGAGCGUGUGGCUCAUCUACAAAGAGUCCAGAUAAAAUACCCAGGAGCUGAUAUGGAUAUCACUUUAUCUGCUCCUUCAUUUUGCCGUCAAAUUAGUCCUGAGGAAUUUGAAUACCAAAGAACAUACAGUUCUCAGGAACCUUUGGCAGCCUUGUUGGAGGAAGUUAUAACAGAUACCAAGCUCUCCAGUAAAGAGAAGAAGAAAAAACUGAAACAGUUUCAGAAAUCCUAUCCUGAAGUCUACCAAGAACGAUUUCCUACACCAGAAAGUGAAGCACUUCUGUUUUCUGAAAAACCCAAACCCAAACCACAGCUGUUCAUGUGGGCACUGAAAAACCCUUUCCAGCCAUUUCAAAGAACUAGAAGUUUUCGGAUGUGAAGCUUCUGCAACGACAGAGUUUAGAGACCUCUGUGGUGAUUGUUGUUUUGAGUGAAUAGUGAAUAAAAUAUAAACUACUGAAAUAUACAUACAGGAUGAUAUGACUUUUUAAAAUAUUGAGCCAUUGUCAGUAUUUUUGUAAGACUGUGAUUUGUAAAGUUGUACAAAUCAAUAAUCGAGUCAAAUAUAUAGUGGUAAUGUUAACAUGUUUGAAAUUGUUGAGAUUCUAAGGGUGUAAAAUAUUUUUAAAAAAUGUUUUUGUUGUUUUUCAUGGUGUUUAUAAAAUAAUUAUGUGCUAUCCUAGUUAUUGAUGUCUUUGUUGUAACCAAGUCUUAAGAAUAGUAUAAAUACUUAAAUAAGAAGGACACUGGGCUCUGUUAACUGUGAUGCUAUUGACUUAAUGUUCAAUUGUGAUUUCUCCUGUGUAAAUUCCAUUUUUUCAGUGUUGUACAAAAAAUUCUUAAUGUUCUGUA